UUACUAUUGUCGGACUUGAACAUGGAGGUGAAAUCUCUACUGUGGCUUUAAACAUUUUUAAUUUAUACUCUUUAAUUCAUUAGUAGAGUUAAACACAUUUUAAACGUCGUUUAUAACCUGAAGUACUUUUGACGGUCCUCACUUUUUUCCACUAUAAUUUGCAUUUCUUUUUAAUGAAAAAUGGCUUCAACGAUCGAUUUCAGAACUCAUGUGGAUCAGGCUUGCCGAUACUCAGAAGAAUUCGUAAAUAUCUACUACGAUACAAUGGACAAAAGAAGAAGGAUGCUCACCAAGCUUUACUUGGAAAAAGCCACGCUUGUGUGGAAUGGCAAUGCUGUUUCAGGUCCAGGUGCUCUCGGGGAAUUUUUUGAGUCCUUGCCAUCUAGCGAAUUCCAGGUGCAAACACUGGAUUGCCAGCCGGUUCAUGAGCAAGCUACUCAAGGACAGACGACGUUGCUGGUGGUUACUGGGGGCAUAGUGAAGUUUGAUGGGAACAAACAGCGCUAUUUCAAUCAGAACUUCCUGCUUACCGCACAAGCAUCACCCACAAACGACCAGCCUGUCUGGAAAAUAGCAAGUGAUUGUUUCCGAUUCCAAGAUUGGGCCAGCUAAUGAUAGUUCAUAUUUAUUAAUACCUGCUGCCGACGAAGACUGGAAAUGUUUUAGUAUGACAUGCAAGUUUGCGUUUAAGAUUUCUGUAAGGGGAUCGGUGACAUAAGCUUUAAUUUUGUGUUAUGAAACAACAUUUUAAGUAACAAUGGUGGUCGACAAAGCCAGAAAGAGAGUGAAAUUUAAAGUCCACUUGCACUUUUAUAUGGUCUAAUGAAGUGCUCCUGGACCUGGCAGCACCGUAACAAGCUAAAGAUCUGUCACUGGGAAAGUUAGCAUCAUGGAUCUUAUUCUGUACAAAUGAUUGAUGCUGCCAGACAUCUCAGGCAGUCUUUAGCAAAAUGACUUCCAGCAAAGUUGAAAAGAAAUUUCAAGUCUGUUAGUGCUACGUAAAGGAAAGUAAUGUAAUUUCCUAAAUUCUUUGUUUUGUUUAAAGACAUCAAAUAUUUCUCAAAUACGUCUGUUUUUUCAAUAAUGGCCUUUUCACUUGAUGACCUUUAAAUGUUAGUUUGGGUGCCUUUGUAGCUCAGCGUGUAUAUUUUAUAACAUCAUCCCUGUUCUACCAAUUAAAACAAGUGUGACUGUGGCAGUUGUCCCACUAUCACCAGCUAUCUCCAUUAAAUAUUAAAUCAUUCUGUCUGCCCAAGACAUUCUACUAGCGUAAGUAUUUGGAAUUUAGUGAAAAUAAACACCUUCUUUUGUAAGAGAAAAAGAAAGAGGCAUUUACUUGUUGACUUUUAUUACUAUGGGCUUAUAGUAGUACAUUCUGUGUUGUCUCCAAGUUUUAACCGCUUGUGAACUCAGUAAAUGACUCAAACAUGCAAAAAGGAAAACAAAAGCUUGCGUUCAUUUAGGUAAAAGAACAGGCAAUUUUGUUUGUCAAAUGGUUAAUUGCAUAUUCAAAAUUUUGUACUAGAUUCUGUCUGUAGAGCCUCCAUUGAUAUUGUAUUCAUGAACUAGUAAUGGAAAAUGUCAAUGAAUCUUGUGAAUAAAGGGUCUGUCAUUUUUUAAAAAA